AUGAUUCCGGGUAAGGAAAGCUUACUAAAAGAAACUGUUCCUGAACUCAUAAAAAUACAUCAUAAAUUUGAGGUUUAUGAGCUUCCCAAGCCAAUAGUAGAUGUAGAUUCGAUAUUUAGAACUGCAUUCUUACCAGAAAGUAUUAAAGCAAUCAAUCAAAACAACAAAGAAACAGACGAAAAUCUUGUUGAAAGCUUAAUAGAGUUUCCCUUACCUCCGAUAUUUAGAGAUGAAGAUGAUACAAAUGAAUUACAAAUAAGCAGAAGACAAAAAAGAUAG